AUGGCAAAAUACAGCAGUGGAGAAGUCCGCGUCGACCUACCCCCGAAACGGCAGGCCGAGAACGAACAAAAGUCUGACGAUCAAGUCGUCCUUCCAUCUCCCCCAAAGCGACCUGCAGACAAUGGGGGCCCCGAGCCACACCGGCCUGCUUCCAAAAGGAAGAUCUUCAUGAUCAUGGGAGGUUUCAAAACAGCCUCAAACUCGGUCCGUUCUCUCAGAAAGCAUGAGAAGGCGAUCUCUCAACAAAUAGAGCUCAGAGUGUAG